CAAUAUGGAAAGAAAAAAAAACAGUUGGCUUUUAAUCUGUUUAUUUUUACUUCUUCAAAACUUUCAAGCAUGCAUACUUUCAAGAAUUACACCAACAGUGAUAACUCGUGAUGUGGACCUAAAAAACUCUUCAAGUCUGAAAAUUCACCAGAGACCAAAGAGAUGGGUUGGAGCACUGAUACAGAUUACAGUAGAAGUGACUGACACUGCACUGACUGUAGCAAAUGCUUUAAAAGAUGGAUGUGUUUACAGGCCAAUGAUAUGCACAUAUAAAGACGAAAUAAAAGAAUAUGAAGACAAGGAAAGAAGCCUUUCAAUAGAUUUGACCAAACAGCGAGAUAUAUUGUUAUCAGAGGUAGAAAAGCUUACAACGUCAUUUAUUCAAAAUGAUGAAAUCUAUAAUUAUGUUGAGGAUACUGUGGAAUUAGCAACAGAAAUUACCGUCUUAAUGAAGCUCUGGAGCACUGAAGUUACAUCAAAAAAGUAUAUACUGAGCAUAAAUGGCACAUUAAAUAUGAGUAAUACAAACAUCCCUGAAAGCAUUGAGAAAAAAUUCAGUGAUCAAAGAAGUGAAUAUUUGAAGAAACUUGGAAUAACAAUAGGGAUAAAAGCUUUAGUUUAUUUUAUUUUACACUUUAUUACUUAUUCAGCUAAUAAGUUUAUAAAUACAAUUGUUAUUACCCUGACAAGUACUCUUGCUCCAGGCCUUCAGAUGGAUCAAUCAUUCAAAACAUAUUAUCGUCAGAAUACAAACGCUUACAUUUCUAAGUGGUAUGCAAAGCAGGGCGUUCAUACAGCAGCAAGCAAGUCAACGGUUUUCAAAGCAAAAGUAAAAGGUUUUGUUCAGACUGCAACUGCAUACAUCAAAGAUUCUUCCAGGGAUUUUUACAAGAGUAAAUCCUUUUGGGCAACCACACUGAUCUCUGUGGCAGGGGCAGCCCUUUCACAAGGUCUUCAAGUGCAUCAACUUAUUCGCAUAGAAAAUGAGAUGAAAGAAUUAGUUCAAAGUCACAAAGUUCUAUACUCUAGCCUUCAAGUGUCAUUAGCAAACAUGACUAGAACAAAACAAUCUUUACAGGAAGAAUGGAAGUUAUCAAUUGAUAUUUUUAAGAACUUGACAUUUUACAUAAGUGACACAAAGUCCGCUUUUGAAGAGCUACCAGUAAAGCAGCAGUUGAAUGUCAAAGAACAGUUGCCUGAACUUCAUAAGCUUCUAGAAAUAGACAUUCAAAGUACAACUUCAGACAACAUAUUACAAAAACAGAGGGACAUUUUAAAGUAUAUGACCAGCAUGAAAGAUUCCAUAAAAAUAAUCAGAGCUCAUGUUCUAUUGGAGGUGAUACUAUUGCAAGUGAUAAAAAAUGGUCUAAACCAUUCCCAAGAAGUUGAUGUAAUUGUGGCUAUUGUCAAUGGUCAUCUUGAUAAAGAAGAAACAAUGCAUAAAAAGAUAGACUUGAAGGUAGUGUUGUGUCAGAUAUCUGAAUGGAGUAAUGAAGGCUAUUAUAAUUACUAUGACUUAUCUGAUUUUAGACACUGCCCAAUAGACAUAAAUAUGGAAGAAGUCAAACGGAAGCAACACGAAAGAAAGAAUCUUAUACAAAAGUUAAAUUCAUUAAUUGAUACGUGCAUACUUAUGAAUUUUCAGUUUUGUCCGACAGUUUCUGCGAUUGCAAAGACAUUAAUGUUGACUGAGGAAGAAACCAAACGUCAUAUUAAAAUGAUCAAGCCUGAUAUGCAGGAUUUCAAUGGAACACCGUUAUAA